GAUUUGAAUUUUCCUUAAUGUAAAGUUCCUUUCUGAUUUGUUUUAUGCUUUUUGACUUAAAUUCAAUUUGCUUAAUGUCAUGAUUGCUUUCCCUAAAUUGGACUUGUUCAUCCUUUUACUUUCAAUGUUUUGAGUCACUUUGGUUAUUUGUGCCUCCUGUAGAUAUAAUUGCGUUUGUCAGAGUCAAAGGAUAGGCUAGGUAUAAUACCUUCUGUGAUACAUGGUCUGUAUUUUGACUUGGUGUGUACUGUUUGGUAACUUGGAGAUUUGUACUAUCUUUGUAACAUAGUAACAUACUUUAAUUUGCCAGCACUAAGAAAUAGGUUGAUCUCUCAUUAUGGAAGAUGAAGAAAUUAAUUUAUACUUCAUCCCCUCCCUAUUUCUCAUAAUUUUUGUUGAUAUUUUAAGUUCUUAGUUAAAAUAUUUACCUUUAUACCUUUUAUGUUGACAUUUCUAUUAACUGAACUAUUAACUUUAAACAGUUAAUUUAAUGAGUCCUGGAUUUAAAAGUUGAGCUCAUCAAAGUUACAGUUUCUUAUACUUGCCCCCUCUCUCUUUUUGUCCUGUAUUUUUAGUCGUAUUAUUUAUUGCCAAGAUGUAUAGCAUUUUUAUUUUAUUCUGUACUCAAAGCUUCCUUACUUUCAAAACAACCAUAGUCCAUUUUAAAAUAGCAUUUUCAUGAUUAGGCUUCUAUUUGUCUCAUUUGACUGUGACAUCUGGUUUGACCGCUCACCAUCCCCUCCUUGCAAAAUACACAUGUGUGAAAUAUUUCCCAAGUUGUUGAAUAUUUGAAAAGGAUUCUGUGGGCCUAUAUUUGCAUGACCAGUUGACAGGUCAUGGUUUUAGGUCCCUCUUGCUUUUGUGGAGGGCUUUGCAGAUACUGGUGUACUGCUCUCUAUUAUUGUAUGUUGCUAGCUAGUCUGAUAAUGCUGCGUUUAAUGUGGCUUUUAUUUCUCUAGUGUUACUCCCCGGCCCGCAUUUCUCUGGAGUUCUGCUGGCUUACUUUCCAACUUUUUCUCCUGGUGUUUUUAUCAUUUUCUCUUUUGUCCUUAGUUCUCUUUCUCCCCUCCCCACACCCGCCCCAUGUAUGCAUUUUGGGAGAAAAAUAGGGUAGAAAGUGUAUAAUUUGUCUUAGAGCAUUUGAUCAUAUUAAACACCCUCUUUUCAGCUGUAAAACUAGACUGAUUUGAGAGGCUUGUCAGUAAGGCAGACUGUAGCAAAGGUUUAAAUGCUUAGGUAUAAUGAUUCCACUAUCCAUAUCAGCCUGACUUAAUCAUGACAUAACACUGAACAGUAUAGAGAGAAAUUUCUUCUAUUUCUCAUUUAGAGAAUUUUUCAGUACUUUUGGAAUUUUGGACUGAGAACUUAAUACCUAUGUGAAAAUUAGCCUUUUAUUAUGGCAUAAUUAACUAGAACUCUGAUGUCUAAAAUAAUGCAUUAAAUGUCAAUGUGUCUCCUUAAUUUAGAUAACAUUUUAGUUCAUUUUUUUAGCAUAUGCAAAAUGGAAAAUCAAUAGCAAAUACAAAUAAUCUUUGAACAGGUUAUUGUGUACUUUUGUUAUACAUUCAUGAGCGGACUGCUAAAAGAACAUAUAUUUAGGCAGUAAAAUCCUGGGACAAUCUUGUAGUUUUCUGAUGGUGUUUUCCUUGCCACUUAAACCUACCAAAGGAGAAGAUACUCCCCAAACUGAGUAACACAGACUCUUUUUUUUUUAAACAAAAAUUUGAUCCAGAAAUUGAAAUACAUGUAGUAUUGUUUGAAAGGAAAGUUCUUGGCAGAAAAAGUCUUACUAUUUAUGUUUAUAAAUGUAUAGUCAACCUAACUUGGAAGAAAGUAAUUUCCCACACAAUGGAUAUUAUGGUGUGAGGUGAGGUUUAAUUCUUGAUUGCUUUGGAGGCUUUUUCUAACAUUGGGUUUAUUUUGAUUCUUGAAAAAUAGUUGACCUAAAAAAAAGUAAGUAUUAAGAAAAAUAGUUGGUCUGCAAAUCUGGAAAAGGAAUCUUAUGUAAUCUAAAUUUAACAUUUUUUAUAGUUCUUGAAAUUGAUACUGCUAUCACCUUACAAGUAAAGUAGCCAAUAAUUAUUUAAAUUAAUCAGAUCAUUAAGAGAACUUAUUGUUGAGGGGGACCUGGGUGGCUCAGUCGGUUAAGUGUCCAACUUUGGCUCAGGUCAUGAUCUCACAGCGCAUGGGUUCAAGCUCCACAUCAGACUCUGUGCUGACAACCCAGAACCUGGAACUUGCUUCAGAUUCUGUGUCUUCCUCUCUUUCUUCCCCUUACCCACUUGUGCUCUGUGUUUCUCUCUCAAAAAUAAACAUUGGAAAAAAAAAAAAAAAGAACUGAUUGUUUAAAAGUUUUGGAGACUUUGGAGAAAUAUAUUUUAAUAGUAUACUUUACAGUUGAGCUAUUUUUGAUAAGGUUUGUCUUAAUAUUGGCUUGCUCAUACUGUUUAGAAAUCUAUUCAUUUUCCUUUCCCUUUGAAUUUCAUCUUGUUUUCCCUUCAUUUAGAAAAUAAACUCUAAUUGUACAUAGUGAGGAUAUAGUUAUUUUCUGUAUCUUAUUAUUUUCUUAAUAAGUCAAUUAAGCAAUCUUCAUAUAUAUAGUAUAUCUGUAUUCUAUUUGAAUGUCUGAAAUAUUAUAAGUGUGCACAUAAUGAUUUUCAUAUUCUUGAGUCUUAAUGGUAGGUUGUUCACUAGAGAAGGUGUAGGGAAUUGAAAAAAAGAUAAAAUUGUAAGAGUUGUAAAUGCUUGCAACAAGAUCAUUUCUAUUUCUUUAUUGUGUUUUGUUUGUCUCUUAAACAUCACCCAACGAAAUGGAAGAGCAAAUGACAUGAGAGUUUUAGGAGGAGAUGCCACCCUUCUUUCUUCUCAGGAAAAUCAGUAGAUUCCCAGUCAUCUCACAGUGAAUCUGAAAUUGUGCCAAAAGUUGCUAAAAUGACCGUGUCCGGAAAGAAGCAAACUAUGGGAUUUGAAGUGCCUGGAGUAACUGAAGAAAAUGGUCAUAGUUUCCACACGCCUCAAAAAGGCCAUCUUAGUGAAGAAACCGGCGUUGCUCCUUCUGAUGUUCUUGACACUGUUUCUAAAUCAGUUCUUCCAUCCCACACCAUUCAAACAUCAGAAGAGCAGAGUUCAGCACCAACACCAGUGAAAAAGUCCGGCAAGCUGAGGCAGCAAAUAGACGUGAAAGCGGAACUGGAGAAGCGGCAAGGAGGGAAGCAGCUCCUCAACUUGGUAGUCAUUGGUCAUGUUGAUGCUGGGAAAAGUACUCUGAUGGGCCAUAUGCUUUAUCUUCUGGGUAAUGUAAACAAAAGAACUAUGCAUAAGUAUGAACAGGAGUCUAAAAAGGCUGGCAAAGCUUCGUUUGCAUAUGCAUGGGUCUUGGAUGAGACUGGCGAAGAAAGGGAAAGGGGAGUAACAAUGGAUGUUGGUAUGACAAAGUUUGAGACCACAACCAAAGUUAUUACACUAAUGGAUGCUCCAGGCCAUAAGGAUUUCAUUCCAAAUAUGAUUACAGGAGCAGCCCAGGCGGAUGUAGCCAUUUUAGUUGUAGACGCCAGCAGGGGAGAGUUUGAAGCUGGAUUUGAGACCGGGGGACAGACACGAGAACAUGGCCUCUUGGUUCGUUCUCUUGGAGUAACUCAGCUUGCGGUUGCAGUCAAUAAGAUGGAUCAGGUUAAUUGGCAACAAGAAAGGUUUCAAGAGAUUACUGGAAAACUUGGGCACUUUCUUAAACAAGCAGGUUUUAAGGAGAGUGAUGUAGCUUUCAUCCCUACAAGUGGUCUCAGUGGUGAAAAUCUAAUCACAAGAUCUCAAUCAAGUGAACUCACAAAAUGGUAUAAAGGACUAUGUUUAUUAGAACAAAUUGAUUCCUUCAAACCGCCUCAGAGAUCUGUUGAUAAGCCUUUUAGAUUAUGUGUAUCUGAUGUUUUCAAAGAUCAAGGAUCUGGAUUUUGUGUAACUGGUAAAAUUGAAGCUGGCUAUAUCCAGACCGGUGACCGACUACUAGCAAUGCCUCCUAAUGAAACUUGUACUGCGAAAGGAAUCACUCUGCAUGAUGAACCUGUUGAUUGGGCGGCGGCAGGUGAUCAUGUUAGUCUUACGCUGGUUGGCAUGGAUAUCAUCAAGAUCAAUGUUGGCUGCAUAUUCUGUGGCCCCAAAGAACCCAUUAAAGCUUGCACUCGUUUCAGAGCUCGGAUCCUCAUCUUUAAUAUUGAAAUUCCUAUCACUAAAGGAUUUCCUGUGCUGUUACACUACCAGACUGUCAGUGAGCCUGCCGUUAUUAAACGAUUGAUUAGCGUCUUAAACAAAAGCACGGGUGAAGUCACAAAGAAGAAGCCAAAAUUGCUGACCAAAGGCCAGAACGCCUUGGUGGAGCUGCAGACGCAACGGCCGGUGGCGCUGGAGCUGUACAAAGACUUUAAGGAGCUGGGGAGGUUCAUGCUGCGCUACGGAGGCUCCACCAUCGCCGCGGGCGUGGUCACCGAGAUAAAAGAAUGAUGGGUCAGAAUUUCUACCAUGUUUCCAAAUGCAGUGAAAUAGCUAACCUCUGUUUUAAAGAAUCCAGUUGUUCAGUUAAAGGAACAAUGUGCAAUUGAUAUUUUUUUAAAUGAGAGAGAAACUUAAAAUGAUAUAAUCAGCUACAAAGAAGUAUUAAUCAGCACUCCUGCGAAAAUUUCAAGUUGCCAAAUGGCAAAGAAAGGCUAAUAUUGCACUUUCAUUUAAGAAAACAACUUUCCCUUUGAAAUGUUAGUGAAUGGAUUUACUUUGCUGAGGUUUAUGGAAACUAUCAGAAAUAUGUAUUAGAAGACGUUCAGUCAUCAUGAAAUGAACUCUGCUUCCAGCCAAACCACAAAACGUUUACAGUGUUCUCUUUUGAUUUUCAACUCUCCUGCGCACACUUUGAUGGAAAAUAAACGAAAUUGGUUGUUGAGGUAGUUAAUAUUUGACCUGAGCAAUUUUUUUUUUAGUUAACUCUAAGAAAAGAUUUGCUGGAAGUUAUAAAAGAGGUAUUUUGCGUUGAGCAUAAGAAUGUUCUUCCUCCAACAAUGAACUUUUGAAAGCUUAGUUUGGAAUUAGUGGAACUGUCCCUGUAGGUAACCAAGAGAUUAUUUAAGGUGUAAAGCCAGCUAAUAAAUUGCCUUAGUUUG